UCGACAUAUCUCGUUCGAGACACAAUUCGGUCCCGAGUAAAAUGUGAUUCUCAUUUCAUCUCGAGUCGUAGCCGUCGAUUCGUAGCAACACAUUAUUGUCAAUUAUCACUGUCGGCUUUCAAAUCAUAAUCCGUCGCUAUUUCUUAUGAGUUUUUUAAAUUUUGCUUCAUUUAUUUGCUUUAUUCUGUUUCAAAUUAUUAUUAGAAUGUUACCAAUAUUUCGUGAUGUUGCUUAUCAAGAAGAAAUUAGAAGACUCAACCAGACCUUAAGGAGGAAAAGAAGACGAAUAAGGAUGGAAUUGAACCUAGAGGAACUCUCAGAAACCAGAUUUAAAGAGCUAUUUCGUAUAAAUAAAGCUCUUUUCAGAUUUUUAUGUGAAGAGUUAACGCCAUACUUAAGGCAACCAAAAUACCUUAGUGGAGUUACAGUGCAACAAAAAGUCUUGGUUGCCCUAAGAUUUUAUGCUACUGGUUCUUAUCAACGAAGUGUAGGAGGAGAUUUUAAUUUAGGAGUUAGUCAAACAUCUGUCCAUAGAUACGUUCAUGAGGUCACCAAUGCCAUUAAUGACAACCUUACAGCUAGGACCAUUAAAUUUCCUACAACAAGAAGAGAGAUGAACAUUGUGAAAGAGAAUUUUAUGCAAAAAUUCCAGUUUCCCGGUGUUGUAGGGGCAAUUGAUUGCACUCAAAUUGCCAUUCUAAAACCAAAUAAUGAGGAACACAAUUAUAUCAAUCGCAAAGGUUAUCACUCCCUAAAUGUGCAACUUAUUUGUGAUUCAGACUUAAAAAUUUUGUCUAUAAAUGCCAAUUACCCAGGAUCAACUCAUGACUCAUUUAUUUGGAGAAAUUCUGAGGUAAAAAAUUUCCUUUUGACACAAUAUCGUCAGGGUCUGAGAAGAACAUGGCUCUUGGGUGACUCAGGCUACCCACUUGAACCAGUAUUAAUGACCCCAUACCAAAACCCUUUAGAAGGCUCUUCAGAAUCCCAUUACAAUCAAAACCAUAUAAGGGCGAGAAACUGUAUUGAAAGAACAAAUGGGGUUUUGAAAGCAAGAUUCCGAUGCUUGUUAAAAGAACGAGUAGCAAGAUAUGCUCCAGAAUUUGUAGGAAAGUUAGUUAACACAUGCUGUGUAUUACACAACUUGUGUAUUACUUUUGGUAUUGAACAUGAAGAAAAUGAUAAUGAAGAGGAAAAUGACAUCUUACAAAAUAUAGGGAAUCAAAAUAUAAUGGGUAACUUAGGUGCUCGAGAGGGAGAGGCAAUAAGAAGAAGUAUUGUUAACACAUAUUUUAAUAUUUAAUAAAAUCCAAAUUACUUUUCUAUGCUUUAGAUAUAAAACUAAUAUUACAGUAAUAUUACCAUUAA